ACUGACGGUCAGACUGCUUAGACGUAAGUACUGCGCCGCAGGCGGCACACUCACAAGCAAGUCAGUGAAACAAGAUGUCAAGUUCGUUUUAUUUAUUUUAUUUAUUUAUUUAUUUAUUUAUGUAGUGACUCAAAUAGUUUACCGUCAGUUUUUGCAUGUGGGUGACUUAACAGCAAUAUCAGUUGUUGAAGCUGUACCGAGGAAGCUUAAAGUCUCUAGGCUUCCUUGAGUUGUACGGUGGUGGGCUGGGCAAGAGACAAGGGGCGGGGCGGACAGUCUCACAGACCACACGGCGCCCGUCGGUAAUUCCCAGUUAGCUACAGGCUGUGAGAAUGAACGGGUCACAAGCUAGCCUUCUCCAGUCAGGGAUCAGCGCCUCACCAUGUCCAACCACAGCCAUCGGGAAUGCUCGUAGUGCGGCCAACAGAAGGAAAUGUAGCGCAGCUCUUGAGUGUUUCCGGUGGCACAAGGCUGAUGCACAAGCAGAGUUGACUCUCUUGCCCUCUACAUCACCACUGGGUGCCACACUGCAGGACUGGAGGCUUGUCAAAGAUGGUGCCGCCAUGUCUCGCACACAAAUGGAUAAAGACAAGUUCAAACCCACGGAGACUAUGCCCCCGAUUUUCGUGGCAAUACAAAGCGGUGAUGUGGAGGAAGUAAAGGACGAAUUAAUGGAUGAUCCCGAGACAGCCCUCAGCACCAGGUACGCCGGCGCCUUGCCCAUCCAUAUGGCCUGUCACAUGCGUCGCCUCGACAUGCUUAAUUUUCUGCUGCAGGCUGGUGCUAAGGUUGAUGCUAUGGAAGGCCUGGGACAAACAGCACUGCACCUAGCGGUGUUCUAUGCUUGGCACGAAGGUGUAGAAACAUUACUAAAGUACGGGGCCUCUCCCAACGCCUUGUGUGAGCCCCCGCCUGGAGUGAAGGGACUGAAGAUUGAGACGGCCAUGCACAUGGCAGUGCGCCGCGGAGACCUCCCCUCUACCGUCCUCCUGCUUCAGCACCGCCCAGAUCUUGCACAGAGAGACAGUGACCUGUGUUCUGUCCUCCAUUUGGCCGCUUCCUCCCGCAACCUUGAGGUUGUUCGCCAAAUUCUGAAAGAAAAACAGAUUAAUGAAGUGAUCAGGAGUAAAGAAAGUAAGGGGAACAGCGUCCUGCACAUGGCUCUCAUGACCGAAUGUGACGCUGUCUGUGAGGCAACAAUACACGACCUUGUGAAAGAGUUAGUGCAGGCCGGGGUAAAUAUAAAUCAUGUCAACCUUCAGGGCGAGAGUCCACUCUUCUUUGCUGCCCACCAUCGAUUGUCCCACGUGGUGGAGACUUUGAUAGGCUUCGGGGCUGACGUUACUGUGGUCACAAGAAGUAGGCAGUCCCUGCUGCACGCUGCUUGUCUCCAGGGUUGUGCCACCAGUCUUGGUCACAUCUUAAAAACUGGCCAGGUACAAGAUCUGGUCACGAGCUGCGACAACGAUGGUUACGCACCCUUCCAUUACGCAGUGAAGAGUGGCUCCAUCGAUUGCUGUGAGUUGCUGCUGACCAACGGUGACCACUUGACGCGGCUGAACAAGGAUGGACUGACACGCUGCUCCGUCAUCUUGAGACAGCUCCCCUCUGCGACGCAGCUCCUCACGCGGCUGUUUGACAAUCACGUCCACCUUUCCAACGUACCUCAUCACGACCCAAACUUUCGCGUAACUUUUGACUAUUCCGUUAUAACCUUAGAAGAAGGUAUCCAAAGCUCAUUGAUAUCAGAACUGUCCUCCUCCCGCGUCGAGGCUCUCCUUAAACACCCUCUACUUGAGAGUUUUCUUUUCUUGAAGUGGAACAGAAUUAAGCCCUUCUUCUACUGCACCGUGCUUUUCUACCUCUUGUUCUUGCUGCUCCAUACCAUAUUUAUUGUCAUGACGUUUGGCAACAGUCUUUGGGAGUGGCAGGAAAACCCCAAUUUCUACACUGUAUUCUUGAUCUUACACGUCACUAUGUUUCUCUUGAUAAUGUUUCCAGACCUUGUCAUUAUGUUUGCCAACCUCAAGAAGUACCUGUAUCAGUGGGAAACUUACACAAAGAUUAUCGCCCUCGCUAGUUCUGCUUUUGUAUUGUUUAGUUGUUUCCCAUCCUUCAAACACAUCGAUUCUCUACCAUUACAUUACCGAAGCAUGAACACCUCACGGGAGAACAGUUCAGAGCCAUCUACUGACGAGAUGACGGAAACGAUGAUGAGUCCGAAGGUAGUGCGUUACGCGGCAGCAAUCUCAGCGUUCUUCAGCUGGGUAGAAUUCAUGAUGCUCUUAGGUCGCUUCCCGUCACUGGGAAGCUACGUCCUCAUGUUCACUCGUGUCGCUCGUUCCAUCAUCAAGUUUUUGGCGGCAUUCUCCAGUUUCAUCAUUGGCUUUGCGUUGAGUUUUAUGGUGCUGUUCCCGAAGAAGAGUGAGUUCAACACCUUGCCUCUAAGUUUCACCAAGACCCUCAUGAUGAUGAUUGGAGAAAUCGAGUUUAGCAAUUUAAUCAGUGAUCUGGACCCUCUUAGCGGCGUGUUCCUUGUGGCGUUCCUCUUCUUGGUGUGCAUCCUCAUGACCAAUCUUUUGAUCGGUCUGGCCGUCAACGAUCUUCCGGAUCUCAAACGGCAGGGUAAGAUCCGAAGGCUGUCCAAGCAGGUGUCAUACUUAGUGUCUUAUGAACGGCUGAUGGUGGUGGCACGUAGCCUAUUCUGCUUCCCUCGUCAGUUGCGUAUUCUUCUGACUCAACGCUGCAAAAUUCCACAAUCAGUGGAUGUGUUCCCCAACAAAAGCAAUGGCCACAGCGUGUCUCGAAGUAGCCCCUACCCAAUUCCCAGCGAGACACUGCAGGAGGCAAUCAUGCUGGGGAACGAGGACUCUAAAAUAGAAUUUAACACCAUGGAAGAGGAAGACACCCUUCCAAUGCAAUUCAGAUCGUUCAAAAUUAAGUAUGAUCGCGACCGCCGCCAGUUGCAUCGCCGCCUGGCACAGCUGCCGGACACAAUCACCACAGACACCAUGCUGAAAGAGCGUCUGGAUCGAAUGGAGCAAAUGAUUCAAUACCAGAUACUCCAUCUGUCUCUGCAGCUCCAGAAACACCAUUCUGUAUGCAGCAACUGCCAACAACAUUCGCCUGAGACUCAGGCGCAGAAAGAGCAGUGGGAGACAGUUAUCCCAAAAAAUUUUCAGGCCAUUAAUGCAACACAAAGUUGUCCUAUUCAGUCUUCUGUCAACAAUUGGUUACCAGGCCAGGAAGCACAGCCGCUGCCAGCAGUGCAAGGUGCCCCACAGCUCAUCCCUGGAAAUAUGACACUUCAAACUCUAUCACAGCAAUACUCUUCCAUGUAUGAGAAGCAAGCGUAGUCUCUCUCUCUCUCUCUCUCUCUCUCUCUCUCUCUCUCUCUCUCUCUCUCUCUCUCUCUCUCUCUCUCUCUCUCUCUCUCUCUCUGACAAACCUUGGCACAAACGUAUAGUACUUUAGUUUCAUCAUCGUUCCUCUUACAGACUGAGCGACCAGUCUUCCUGAAGUAAUGGUACAAACGUAAUGUGUUGUAAGAAACAAAACCACAUUAGUUUAUUAUAAAUAGACUAAGCCAACCACCGUCACACCGCUAUGACGGUUCGUGUGAAGCUUCGGAAAGUAGAUAUUAUAGUAUAUAGAUCUUAUUGUAUCCUAUGUCUGGCUGUAUUUGUUUUUGUUUUGUUGAUAUUACCUAUGUUUUUUAUACCAUAAUUUUAUCCAUUGAAUAUGACAAUACAUUAAACUUG